AUGGGGAAAACAAAAACCAUUUGGCGGAAUUUUGUGGCUAUUCUAGUAAUGGUUUUGCCUGUGAAAUCUCAGCUGAAUGUUGGGUUUUAUUCGAAGUCUUGUCCUAAGGCUGAGUCCAUUGUUAGGUCUACUGUUGAGUCUUAUUUCAAGGCUGAUCCCACCAUUGCUGCUGGCUUGCUCAGGCUUCACUUCCACGAUUGUUUUGUUCAGGGAUGCGAUGGUUCGGUAUUGAUAAUGGAUGAAAAUGCUGAAAUAAAUGCAGGGCCAAAUAUGGGGUUAAGAGGCUUUGAAGUAGUUGAUGAUGCAAAAGCCCAGCUUGAAACUUUGUGUCCUGGUGUCGUUUCUUGUGCAGAUAUUCUUGCUUUGGCUACUCGUGAUGCUAUAGGCUUGAGUGAUGGUCCAAGUUGGUCCGUGCCUACUGGAAGAAAGGACGGGAAAAUUUCGAUUAGUUUCGAAGCGGAAGAUUUGCCUUCUCCAUUCGAGCCCAUCGAUAAUCACAUACAAAAGUUUGCAGAGAAAGGCCUUACUGAAGAAGAUCUUGUAACGCUAGUUGGUGGUCACACGAUCGGGCGAACAGAUUGCCAGCUAUUCAGUUACCGUCUUCAGAACUUCACAAGUACAGGAAAUGCAGACCCAACCAUAAGCCCAUCGUUCUUGACUGAACUGAGAACUCUGUGCCCUUUGGAUGGAGAUCCAUUCAGAGGUGUGGCCAUGGACAAGGACAGUCAGUUGAAAUUCGACAACAGCUUUUAUAAGAACUUGAUGGAGGGGAAUGGGGUUUUGGAGUCAGACCAGAGACUUUGGAGCCACCCUUCAACCAGAGACAUUGUGAAGAGAUAUGGUGGAAACUUAAGGGGAUUGUUGGGCCUCAGAUUUAACUUUGAGUUUAAGAAAGCUAUGGUUAAGUUGAGUAGCAUUGGUGUUAAGACUGGCACAGAAGGGGAGAUUAGAAAAGUGUGUUAUCAGUUCAAUAAGCAGUAG